GCCACUGCUCUCUCGCCGCCUUUCCCCCCCGGCGGGAGCCGCUCUCAGCCUCUUUGCACUAGUCGCUCCGCUCUCUCGGUCAUGUGACCUUAACGUAACCGGACAGGAAAAGCCCCGCCGCCGCCGCCGCCGCCGCGCCGGAGACACCGACCGCGGCGGCAGCAGCAGCAGCAGCAGCGAGAGGCAGAGGCGGCGGCGGCGGGGAGAGCACGGCCAAGGCUGCCCAGCGGUGCCUCCUCCACACCCCCCGCCGCAGCAGCACCGGCGACAGAUUUUUAAAAAAAUGGAUUUGGCCAACCAUGGACUUAUUCUCCUGCAACAGUUAAACGCUCAGCGAGAGUUUGGUUUCCUGUGUGACUGCACGGUUGCCAUCGGCGAUGUGUACUUCAAGGCACACAAAUCAGUUCUUGCUUCAUUCUCCAAUUACUUUAAGAUGUUGUUUGUCCAUCAGACCAGUGAAUGUGUUCGUUUGAAACCAACCGACAUACAGCCCGAUAUUUUCAGCUAUCUCUUACAUUUGAUGUACACUGGAAAGAUGGCACCUCAGCUGAUUGACCCGGUUCGCUUAGAACAGGGGAUCAAGUUUCUGCAUGCUUACCCUCUGAUCCAGGAAGCUAGCCUGGCCAGCCAAGGAGCCUUUUCUCACCCUGACCAAGUUUUCCCGCUGGCUUCUUCCUUGUAUGGCAUUCAGAUUGCAGAUCAUCAGUUGAGACAAGCCACCAAGAUUGCUUCAGCGCCUGAAAAACUUGGGCGAGAACCACGGCCCCAGACCUCCAGGAUGAGCCAGGAGCAGGUGCCCGAAGCCGCACAGCUCUCUCAGCUGACUUCAAAUCUGACCCAGGUGAAUCGGACACAUAUGACUCCCUCAGACCCCCUGCAGACCUCUCUGUCUCCAGAACUCGUCUCCACUCCUGUUCCUCCCGCUGCUCCCGGGGAGGAGACCAAUCUGGAGGCCUCUUCCUCUGACGAGCAGCCCGCAUCCCUCACCAUCGCCCACGUCAAGCCGAGCAUCAUGAAGAGGAAUGGCAGCUUCCCAAAGUACUACGCCUGCCACCUGUGCGGGCGGCGCUUCACCCUCCGGAGCAGUCUGCGGGAACACCUGCAGAUUCACACCGGGGUCCCCUUCACCGCAAGCCAGCCUGGAGAAGGCCGCGUGCCCCUGUCUCUUUGCAGCAACGCAGCGGACCUGGGAAAAGACACCAUGGAAGUGCCUGAGGCUGGGAUGAUAAGCGACAGUGAGCUGCAGCACAUCUCAGACUCUCCCAUCAUCGACGGCCAGCAGCACUCGGAGACGCCGCCGCCCUCGGACAUCGCGGACAUUGACAACUUGGAGCAGGCGGACCAGGAGAGGGAGGUCAAGAGGCGCAAGUACGAGUGUACGAUCUGUGGACGCAAAUUCAUUCAGAAGAGCCACUGGAGGGAGCACAUGUACAUACACACCGGGAAGCCUUUCAAGUGCAGCACUUGCGACAAGAGCUUUUGCAGGGCCAACCAGGCUGCCCGGCACGUGUGCCUCAACCAGAGCAUUGACACGUACACCAUGGUGGACAAACAGACCCUGGAGCUGUGCACAUUCGAGGAAGGGAGCCAGAUGGACAACAUGUUGGUACAAACGAACAAGCCCUACAAAUGCAACCUGUGUGACAAAACGUUCUCGACUCCCAGCGAGGUUGUUAAACACUCCUGCCAAAACCAGAACUCGGAUGUCUUUGCCCUGGACGAAGGGCGGUCCAUUCUCCUGGGCAGUGGGGACUCUGAAGUGACGGAACCCGACCACCCCGUGUUAGCAAGCAUUAAAAAGGAACAGGAAGCUGUGUUGUUGGACUGAAUGUUACUUAUCUUUUUAAAACUGUCAUUUUUACAAAGACUGUCUUCCUUCCCUUUCCCAGUUCAGAACUAGAGUUCUCCAUGGCAUGAUACAAACAAGUCCCUGGUCCCUUUCUCCUCUCCCUUCCCACCGUCCCAGCCCCUCCUCCGCAAAGGCUUUGUGCAUUAUAAACCUGGAACAUUUACUUUCAUUCAGGGGAUAUCGGAAAGAUAACAGCCAGUAGUACUUAUAAACUCAAGUGGAUUUUGAGUUUUAGAUUAUUUAAAAGCAUACUUGGAACUAAUGAAGGGUAUAUAACAAAACCAAACAACCAGAAUGCAAUUUGGUAAGCUAAAAUUAUGACCUUCCCUGGGUAGUGUCUUCCUUCUCAGAAAAACAAUGUCAGAAAAUACAGCAUGCUUCUUAGAGACACAGCUGGGUUCUUUACUAUGCAAAAUCUUGGUGUGGAAAACCUUAAACCCCAGAGAAUGUUCUUACUAUUUACCCCCAGGUGUCUCGGUUCAGAAUGCGUUCUUUGAGAUUAUGUCCAGUCAAGAAAAAUUAUUAGUUAAGAAACCUACUUGAACAAAAUGCAGAGCAAAAGUAAUAAUGUGAUGGCAAUCUUAAUUUUUGGAUAAAACAUGACAAGCUGUGAGUUUGUGUGUUUGUAAGAGAAAACGUGCGGAUACUUGCUACAAACAGGUGAACCGAUGCACAUGCCUUAUCUAAUGGCUGGUUUCUUUCAAAGUUGAACAACAAAACACUGUAUUUUCGUUUUUGAUAAAUUAAUUGGUUUUAAAAAUCAGAUUUGACAGUACUAUUCUAUAGAUGGUCUUUCUGAACAACAUUGACAUGCCGUUCUAGCAGUUGCCAGUGGUAAGUUUAUUUUAGCACCAACCUGCUGCUUUUAAAUUAGUGUGUCUACUACAGGAAAAGAGAUACAGGAUCUUAUCGGGGAAGCUGUGAGCAGAACAUGUGGUAGCUUUAAUGGUUUUUUAAAUUAAUGCAAAUAGUUUACUGGCAACAUUCAUUGAAACAUCAAAAAUGGCAAAGAGAAAUCAGGACCAAGAAAACCUAAUUGCUGUUUGGGGGGGAAAAAACGUGGCUUUGAUAUUUAGUCUCCAGUUUUGUUUUUAACACCUGAAAUUUCCUCUGUUGGCCUGAAAACAGUAAAAUUGGUCCAUUAAUCUUUCCUCAGGCCAAUGAUAUAAUGGUCUCGCAGGACAAAACAGAAGCCAGAAAUAAGGACCGAAGGGGAGAGGGGAGGACAGUUACUAGCCGUGCUGUACGUAUAUGUUAAAACUGACUAGCCCGUCAUCCUAUUUCAUGUAUCGUUGAGUUCUAAGAUUUGUAAGUUUUUAUACAUACUUUCAUUGAAUAAACCUUUAAUUAAAUG